AUCCGAAUGACUAAGAAGGUAACCAUGUCUAUGGGACAUACACACUAAACUCUGGCCUCUCGGAGCUCUCAUAUAAGGCCUUCCACGUUAACAUAGAAAAAUGGACUGGAAGACUUUUCAAGCUUUGCUGAGUGGUGUAAAUAAGUAUUCCACAGCAUUUGGACGGAUCUGGCUCUCAGUUGUGUUUGUGUUCCGUGUACUUGUUUACGUGGUAGCUGCUGAAAGAGUAUGGGGAGAUGACCAGAGAGACUUUGACUGCAACACAAAACAGCCUGGCUGUACAAAUGCCUGCUAUGACCAUUAUUUUCCCAUUUCCCACAUUCGUCUUUGGGCAUUGCAGCUUAUCUUUGUUACCUGCCCCUCAUUGCUAGUGGUUAUGCAUGUAGCUUAUAGGGAGGAUCGAGAAAGGAAGAACAGAUCAAAAAAUGGGGAAAAUUGUAGCAAGCUCUACCAAGAUACUGGGAAAAAACAUGGUGGUCUGUGGUGGACCUACCUGUUAAGUUUAUUUUUUAAAGCCGUUACUGAAGUAGCAUUCUUGUAUGUCCUUCACAGACUCUGGAAUAGCUUUGAUCUCCCUCUGUUAGUUAAGUGUGUGGAUAUCAGUCCCUGUCCUAAUACAGUGGACUGCUACAUUGCUAGGCCAUCAGAAAAGAGGACCUUCACCUAUUUCAUGGUUGGAGCCUCUGCUGUAUGCACCCUGCUGUGUGUUUGUGAAAUUUGCUAUCUGAUUGCCAAACGAAUUUUCCGGUGCAUACAAAAGCGAAAAAAUCAUCAGUGUAAUUCAGUAACUUACAGCAAAGCUUCCACCUGCCAGUGCCAUGCUAAACUUGAGCAAAUAAGUUUAAGUCCAAUGAACAAAAAAGCUGAAAGUGCCAGAGCAUCAGCACCAAAUUUGACAUUACUCUAAUGAGUUAAUAUACAAGCAAAUUCAUAUAAAUUCCUUCAUGCCACUCAGCAUAACGCUAAUAUGUAUUACACAAGUGUUUGCUUAUUUUGGCUGUAUAGUGUUUUUAUAGAGGUUGCUUCACUACCUUUUCUUGAAAAUACAUGAUAUAAGCUCCUUUUGUCGAGCCAAUAGUUACUAUUAAAGACUCUGCAAAACCUCUGAUUUUUUUAGCUACUGCCAAAGUGAUAAACUAAAUGAAUGUCCAGUGUAUUACUUUUAUAAAACAUACUUAACAAUGAAGUAUUUUACUUGACUAUGAUGAUAUACAUCAAGAUAAUAGAAAUGUGUGUAUUACUAGAACAGUUAUAUGCAUUUAAAGCAAGAUCGUCCCCCCACCACCACCAACAACAACAAACGUAACCAUUUCAUACUGCAUCAGAUUUAUUCUCUUCUACAGAAAUAUAAGCCUUAAUCUCCACUACUUUGCAUUUUUAAAGAAUUUAGACACUGAAGUUUGAAAUGGAGUGAUUUUGAAACAAAAACAACUAAAGAUGGCACCAUGAAGUUGACUUUCAUUAUAUAUCUUAAGUAAACUUGAUGACACAAGCAUUACAUCAUGGAAACAUAGAGAUGCAUGUUCUAUAACAAUGAAUUCUAUUACUAAGAGAAGAUGUAAACUUAAAAUGUUUUCAUCAGUCCAAAAUCUGAAACAAAACACUGCGGCUAUGCAUCCAUAUUAAUUACAGCAACAAAUGGGUGCUCAAGAAAAACUAUUCAGAGAAUCUGAUUUUUUUGUCAAGAGACAUCAGACUGAUGUCCCAUCUGCUUAAGUUGGUGGUAGCUCAGGUGGAUGUAAAAGAUUCCAUGACACCUAUCAAAAAUGAUAGGGAAGUUCCCAUUGCCCUUGUCAAAUUUCCCCUAGUAGUAAAAAAUACCACCUCAGGUCUCCACUGAAUGGAGGCUACUAGCCUAGUGGGAUUAACCCCAUCAACAAAGAACAGAUACAUAAAUAAAUAACAGUUAAUGUAGGUCCUUGUUGAAACCAUUGCUGAGUUGCAGAACUACCAUACUUUUCAUAACACUGUUCAAAAUGCAAGGAUUGCACAGAACAUGGAUAGAGCACGAUAUUACUAUUUGUUUUUUGAUGUAGCUGUUAUACCUUCAAAAAAUAUAUCUUUUCUUCUUUAUGAAAAGAAAAUAGCAUUGAGGGAAACAACUUUAUCAAGCUGCCUUAAGACGUAAUGCAGCUAAAUUCAUGGAGCCUUGAUGAGCAUUCAUACUCAUCUGAACUAAUUGCUGUUCACACUGUGGAAAGACUAACAUUGGAAGAAAGAAAAUGCUAAGAUGAAAAUAGAAAGAGACAACUACUUAACUUGAUGCAAACAGUUAAUAUGGAGUUUGUUCAUCAAAGAACUGGAGCCUGCGAUUAUAAAAGAAGAAAUAUCACCUUUAUGAAGACUUUUGGCAUCUGAUAACUGUUAUCAAGUCACUGCCCAUUUAAAUGAGCAAAUUCAAUUAUAGGCAAUUAAUAUUACUAGCAAUCAGUGCAAUUUUUUAUCAUGACAGAAGUCAAGUAAACAAUGAAACACAAAACCUUGCACAGAUAAUGUCUCUUUCCUUGAAACUUAUAUAGGUCUUUUGUAUGGACAAGACUCUUUCUGUAACAUUCAUGACAUGAUUUUUUCCACAACUAUGGUUGAAUAUUUAAAUGCGAGGAGAUGGAAUUGCAGUCCCUUCCUCAUUUCUGUGUAACACUGGAUCUUGGAAUAAUAAUAUUAGUUUGGAAAAGUGGGAAGUAAUCCCUCACAUAAGAGGGUAAUAGUGUGCCCAGCCAAACAUACUUAAAAUACUGGAAUUUAUGUACUGACUAAUGAAGCCUUUUACAACCACUGGCUAUUUAGCUGAGGUGCUCAUCUGACUGCCUGUAAUCAGGAAUAUGCGGUUUGACCAGCCCCGACUCCACAAUAUUAAGUAGAAUAAAGUGUCAUUGUCAUUCAGGUGAGAUAUUCCUGUCACAGUCUACAAGGACAAACACUUUAUCCUUAAAGCAGGCAUACUUAUUUUCACACAAAGACUAACAUGGGGACAGCAAAAAUGAAAUACUGAUUUUUCAGAAGGUCAAUUUUAACUUUUUAGCCUUACAUAAAGUUAAGCAAAAUGCACAAACUCAUCACAACUUUUUCUGCUGAGGCUGCACAUAGAAUAUAAGGCUGAAAAUGUUUUUUUGAAUUAAAAAUGUUUUUUUUAAGGAACGCAUUUCUAAAAGGAAAGUUUUAUAUUGUGCAAUCGUCAAGAAAUGGUUAUACUUAAUGAAUAUACAUGAAAAAAUUAAUACUGCUUUUAACAUCUUAUUUAAUGGUACAUAUGUAUGUGAUGUUUGCCAUCACAGAUGCAAAAAUAUAUAUCUACAGGGCAUUUUCCACUAAUGAAUCUUCUGAGAAGACUGGGGACUUAGCAGGAGCCAUCUUCUUAAGGUGGGAGGGUGAAGCUGUCUGAAGGAUUGUGUCAUUUACAGAAAUAGGCAACAGCCCAUGGCAUGAGCACCAUUUCACACCCCUCCCAUGAGCAUUUACAAGGCUCAGUGAGGGGCAUUACAGCUGCUGACUGCCUAAAUGAUGCCUGCACUGUGAGCAGCUCUUUGGCUAACAAAGAACAAAUGGGGCUCAGACCACAGUUACUACUUACUACCCAGAUGGUUGCAGGAGUGACAAUAAUCAGAUGUUUGGGAAGUGUGGAAAAACCAAACAAUAACAAAAACUAAAUAGAAAACAGAAAGAAAAAAAUUGGUGACUCAAUAUGAGGCUACACAAGGUGAUUCCUCUUCUUUAAUCAUAUUCUAAAAUAAUAUAAAACUUCAUUUAGUUAUGCAUCUAACUAUUUUCACAGACCUCUCUAUGCAUUCCUGUAUUUGUCUACUAACUGUAUAUUUACAAAACCUGCAAAUAAAAAAAAUAAGUUUUCGUAAUUUAAGUUGAGGCUGGACAUUAUAGAUUUUACCUUUAGCCAUGACCAUGAAUUUUUUUAUUUACAAUAAAACUGGUUAUAUUAAAGAGUCACUAAAGCAAACAUCUUAAGAACUAGAUCUAUAGAACUGUGGGGAAAAUGAAGCCUGAUGCACUGCAAAAGUGAAUUGUCAGAUGCAGCUAAACAUUAGACCUCGCUUGGCACUGAACCUGUUGUGGCUGAACUUAGAAAGAUGUAAGAAGGGUAGUUAAAAUCAGAACUGAAAUCAUGGUAUUAUGCAUACAUAUGUACCAUUUGUAAAGCUGAACCUGUAAAUAUUGCUAAAGUGUGAUAUAAUUUAAGAUAUUGGUAGCAUGUUAAGGCAACAUUCAAUGUAUCAUUUCAUAACAUAAUAUGUAGACCAUUAAAGCCUUUGAUUUGAACUGUCUGUUUAUAUUUCACUGAAACCCUGUUUUGAUAUUAAACAACGGAGUUUAGUACAUCAA